AUGACUCAAGACAACUCAAUAGACACCAAAUUACGUACAAUUUUGGAUAAUAAUGAACUUUCAAUAACUCAAUCAGAUCAACGUUAUGUGAAAAAAUCUGAUAUAUUACUUCAUGAGAAAAUGUUUAAAAAACUAAAGUUCCUUUAUUUAGAACAAGAAACUAGACACAUGUUUUUGAAAGAAGCUUUGGAUACCGAAAACAAAUUCUUAUCAGAAGAUCAAUCAAUAUUUGAUAAGGAGCUUGAAAGUUUGCAAAAAAUUGCCUCACAAGGAAAAGACGAGUUACAACACAUAAAGGAGGAAUUAAGAGCCAAAAUCGACACAUUGACCAAUCAUACAGAUGAGACUUACCUACUACUCCAAAAUUUUGACAAUAGAUCAAAAAAUAUUAAAGAUCUAUACCUUGAAUUUGAUGAUUUGGAAAGUCGUAUAGAAGAAAUGUUAAAGUAG